AUGAUACCAGGCUCGAUCAAGAAGUUAUUCAAGCUCUUCAUCAAGUAUCUGGUGGACAGUAGGUCCAUGGCAUUAGACAAUGUUGACCAUCAGGAUCUGGACGAGGAACACGAUGAUGAGGACGAUGAUUAUGUUGACGAGUACGAAGAUGACGACGAUUAUGUUGACCAGGACAAUGAGAACAAUGAUGAUGACAAUUUCUCCAUGACCAGCAGUGAUGAGGAAGAUAUCCAGGACAAUGAGGUCGACGAUGAUGAGAUUGAGAGACACUCCCUGUCGAUCGACAGCAUGCGCACCGCCUUGGAUGUGGGCAAUCACUCUGGCGCCUUGGUCGAGGUCGACAAUGUCCUGUCCAACUCAAUGAGGACAAUCGAGAGCGUCUUCUUGCUCAAGCGAUGCAACCUAAAGAUGAAGCCAGAGGGUACUGUUUGGACGAGACGUGGCAAAUCAGUACCAAUGCCUGCACAGUAUCGAUUCAGUCAAGCCAAGCCUACCUUUCAUCAAUGUCUCCAAUUGCUUGCAGUCAUGGUCAGGAGGGAGGAUGGACUCACAGAUCUCAUUGAAGAUGAAACUGAGAGAGCCAAUGUAGUUAGACUCUGGGAGAUGAUAUACAAGUUGGUUAUCUUGCUACUCGAUCACACCAUUGUCAUCAAGUCCUAUCAAUGGAGAGUGUUGUGUGAGAGGUUUGGCAGAUUGUUAAUCAAUAUUUACAACAUUGAACCGACCUCUUAUCUUCACAUCUUCAUACAUCAUUCUGGCGAAUAUAUGGAGCUGUACGGCUGCUUAAUGAUGUUGUGUAACAUCGCAUCUGAAGCCAAGCAUGGUUCCAACAACACAGCCAUUAAGGCAUCCAACAAACAGAGACGACCUGGACAGAUAUGCAAGCAACAGGUGACCCGGGAUAUGAUCAUGACCAAGCUCAUUGAGAUCUAUCGAAAGGAUGGAGUAGCACUUGCCAGCUAUGUGAGCCACUCGAGGAAGUUCUAUGAGGACAACUACAACAAACACAUCAAGGGCCAUAUCAACAACUACAUGGCCGACGUUGCCUUCCGAUCUACAUUUGGCCUGGAGCCUGACGACUUGUCUCAUCCACCACGCCCAACUGCCUUCAAGUUGAAUCAGAUGGUAACGGCAAUGACCAACGAAGAGGGCGACGAUUAUAAGAGCUGGUGGCCUGGUGAGGUUGUUGGCUAUGACCCUGAGAAUGUGACCUAUGACAUUCGAUUCUGGUUUGUAUUAUAG